UAAACGUAAAUUAUUGACGUUUUCGUAGCAACACUCGGAAAUGUCGCAACGAUCGUGGAAGAGAAAAAAACCCAAACGACGAGUGAAAAAAGUUUUCUCGUCGUUGGCCUGCUCAGAGGCUGGACCGAGAAACAAGAAAAACGAUUAAUGAUUUCAAACAGAGCAGUCUCGUACGCUUUUAUUAUGAAAACUUAAUUAUUCAUUUUAUUACGAGAAAGAGGAUUCACGAUCGACGUUCCAGCGACGAGACUCCGCAGUGUAAAAUUGUUGAGGCCUUUUCUCCUCGGAAUUCGACGACUCGCUUCUCCACUCAGUCAUUUUGGAGGAGCAGAACUUUUCAGACACUCUGUAUUUAGGGGAUGGUACGACGUUGGAUUUCACGGUUCGGGUAUGAUAAAAACUCCCAACAUCGAUGCCCUCGCAUAUACCGGUUUGAUACUCAACAAUUACUACGUUACACCGAUAUGUACGCCCUCGAGAAGUGCUUUGAUGACCGGCAAGCAUCCAAUUCACACUGGAAUGCAGCAAGGAGUUUUGAAAGGCGCCGAGAGAAGAGGUUUGCCGCUGAGCGAAAAACUGCUCCCCGAAUAUCUCCGAGAACUCGGUUACGUUAAUUAUAUCGUAGGAAAGUGGCACUUGGGUUUUUAUAAAAAGGAGUACACUCCGACGUAUCGGGGGUUCAAAAAACAUGUCGGAUUUUGGACCGGUCACCAGGAUUACUCUGACCACACUGCAGUUGAAAAUCACUUUUGGGGCUUGGACAUGAGGAGGGACCUCGAACCGGCCUGGGACCUUCACGGUCGAUAUUCGACGGACGUAUUUACCGGGGAAGCGAUUAAAAUCAUCAACAAUCACAAUACGAGCGAUCCUUUGUUUCUUUAUCUCGCUCACACCGCUGUACAUUCCGGAAAUCCGUACAAUCCGUUGCCAGCACCCGACGACGUCGUGGAAAAAUUUGAUUGGAUUCCCGAUUACAAAAGACGUCGAUUCGCAGCGAUGCUUCACAAACUCGAUCGCUCCGUUGGCGACGUUAUUGAAGCUCUGAAAAAAAGAGACAUGCUCGCUGAUAGCCUCAUUGUAUUUUCAACCGACAACGGUGGACCAGCGGCUGGUUUUAAUUUAAAUGCUGCUUCAAAUUGGCCGCUCCGAGGAGUUAAAAAUACUCUGUGGGAGGGCGGAGUGAGAGGAGUCGGCGUCGUUUGGUCUCCAAAAAUUGGGCAGCCUGGUCGAGUCUCCAAUCAGCUUUUCCACAUUACCGAUUGGUUGCCGACGCUUCUUAGUGCAGCGGAAGAACCGGAAGAGACGAUAAGCAGUACUAUUUCGAGUAUGAAUCUCGACGGAAUGAAUCUUUGGAAAGCUCUCAAAGACGAUGCGACUUCACCGCGACAAAGCGUCCUCCACAACAUCGACGAUGCGUUUCACAAUGCUGCGAUCACAAAAAACGGUUGGAAAUUGCUUCGAGGAAUCACUUACAGUGGAGCAUGGGACCGUUGGUACGAGUCAUCAGAGGCCAAUUACACGUACGUUGAGGUCGAUGUGAUCGAGAGUACAGCGGGAAGAUCGUUAACAAGUGCAGGCUCGAUUCUGACACCAGAAAUUAUAAGGAAGCUUCGGUUCGAUGCAACGUUAAACUGUGAAGCUCCGAAAAUCAGGAACGUUUGCAGGCCGACUGAGGAAGAUUGUCUGUUCAACGUUUCUCUCGAUCCUUGUGAAUUUAAUAACGUUGCUAAAGAAAACCCAGAAAUGGUUCGUUUGCUCGGUGAAGAGUUAAAAAAGUGGAACGCAACCGCAAUUAAACCAUCCAACAAACCCUUGGACCCAAAGGGGAACCCGAAGCUUUGGAAUUAUACUUGGACAAAUUUCGGCGACUACGAGAAAUUAAGCAACGAAAGGACGAACUGAGAAAAAAGUUUUCCUCUUCGCUCGUCGUGUGUUUGCUUGGGAAUUUACGAGAGAGGAAUCGGAAAGCAGGAAGUGGCGUAAUAAAUGUAACGGUUUUUGGCCACGUUGGAAAUUUUCGUGAAUAAUAUUUCUCUUAGGAUGUUUUCCACAAUUCUUUAAUUUCAUUAUCCAGAAUCUUUUUCUGUCUUUUAUAAAAUUCGUUGAGAAUUGUUAUCAUAUUUUUUAAAAUAAAAUCGAGUCUGCAGAUUUCCGGUUCUCUUAAAAUAGUACUUGAGUAUCGCGAUUGGUCUUUUUUUGAUGAUUCCCACGAAAAUGUACUUUCGAAUUUUUUAUCCCCGUUUUCGAGAUUUUUACUUUCAAUUCUCCCUCAUUUUUUCAACUGCCCCUUCCUUUGUUGAAGUUAUUUUGAUUAUUUUGGUUGAAAAAAAAUUCGUCAGUGAAGAUCUGUGAAGACAAAAAUCGUUGCUUUUGGUUCCAGUGUUUUUGUUUCCUCCUUUGAAAAAAUCAGCUGUUUCAUUGGCCAAAAAGUGUUACAUGUAUUUGAUGUUGAUAAAAUAGAAAAAAAUCGUUGUUGCUAUAAAUAAAUAAUUAUGUACCAAUGAAAUUUAUACAGAAUACAGUUUUCGAUUGAGUGUCGAUUAGUCGAUUUGUUGGGCCGAGAGACCGCGAGCGGCUUUGCCGGUAUUUGUGUUCGUAUAUUUUAGUGGCGAUUACGUUUUUCCAUCCUUUUGAUUGGCUAAAACGUGAGUAUCGGAUCUUCCCUAUGAUCCAGAAUAUCUGUAAACAAAAAAUCAUUGUGAACUCGUAAAUGUCCUUUUUUCCCAUUUUGAUUAAAACGUAAAGCCAUUGGGCAUUUCUUUCGCA